AUGAAAAGCCUAAAAGUUACAAUUUUGGGUGCCGGGCAGGACGUAGGAAGGUCGUGUGUAGUUGUCACGUUUCCGUCAAAGAGAGUAGUGUUCGACUGCGGAGCACACUGCGGAUUCGUAGACCACAGAAGGUACCCAAAUCUACAGUAUUUGGGGAACACGACCGAGUACAAUCACCAGAUGGAGCUGCUGGAGGAGAUGAAAUCAGAUGAAACGCAGACAGAUAACACAGUUACAGACCCGUUUUCAAUGGAGGCAUCGGAAAGAGAGUACAGGAACGCGAAGAUGAAAGAGAGUUCGGAGAGGGCACUGUACAUGAAAAACGCACUCAAAAAGGCGCUGAACAACGUGACGAACACAAUAGACAGCGCAAUCAUCUCGCACUUCCACAUAGACCACGUGGGAGCACUGCCGUUUCUGACGGAGGAGAUAGGGUACUCGGGACCAGUGUAUAUGACGUAUCCGACGAAAGCGCUGAGUCCGCUUCUAUUGAGAGACAGCGGAAUCGCAGCGAAGACGGCAAGCGUGAAGAGCCUCUUGAACUUUGACAAGAGAAGGAAGGUGGAAGAGAGACCGGACCCCUGGGGAUACUCGUUCAACUCAGUGGCAGAGUGCAUGAAGAGGUCAAUACCACUGCAGCUGAGAUCAGCAGAAAAGGUGGAGGGGCUCACAGUGUCGCCCUUUUACGCAGGGCACGUACUCGGAGCAGCAAUGUUCCUGGCGGAGUCGGACGGCUUCAAAGUGCUAUACACAGGAGAUUUUAACACGGUGCCGGACAAGCACUUGGGGCCGGCAAAGGUGCCCUCGCUGGAGCCGGACGUGUUGAUCUGCGAGACGACGUACGCAACGUUCGUCAGGCAGUCGAAGAAGGCGACGGAAGUAGAGUUGUGCAAUUUGGUACACGACACGCUCAUCAACGGAGGGAAGGUGCUGAUACCGGUCUUCGCAGUGGGAAGAGCACAGGAGUUGGCAAUAAUACUGAACAACUAUUGGAAUAAUCUAUCGCUGUUGUUCCCAAUCUACUUCGGAGGAGGGUUGUCGGAAAAGGCGACGAACUACUAUAAGCUGCACUCAAGCUGGACUGACAACAACAACAUAAGUAAGCUGAAGGAAAACCCGUUCGCAAUGGAGAACCUGCUGCAGUUCGACCAGUCGUUCCUGAACGACAACAGGCCGAUGGUGCUGUUCGCAACACCGGGAAUGGUACACACAGGAUUGUCGCUGAAGGCGUGUAAAAUAUGGUCGAGUAACCCGAAAAAUUUAAUACUCAUACCAGGGUACUGCGUACAGGGAACGGUAGGAAACAAGCUAAUAUCAGGUACGAAAGGACGAGAAUACAAAAUUUAUACUGCCACGACCAUAUGUAUUAAGACGAACACGGGAGUAAUAAACAUUAAGUGCAAAGUUAAAUAUUUAUCGUUUUCAGCACACGCAGACUCGCCAGGAAUACUGAAGCUGAUAAAACACGUUCGCCCAAAGAAUAUAGUGUUCGUGCACGGAGAAUUGGACUCAAUGAAGAAGUUUUCAAAGCACAUAACAAGCACACUCAACAUACCAGUAUAUUAUCCAGCAAACGGAGAGACGGUAGCGUUUCACAAAGUGUUGGUCGAUAAGAAGGAAAUAUACAUACACCCGAGUCUGAUCCUUGACAAGGACAAUGUAUCAUAUGGAUUUAAGCACAACGGCAACGUGUAUUUGUACAAUAAAAGCGCCCUGGUGGAUGUGCUGAACAAUGGUAAUGGGAGUUGCAACGACAUGGUGAAAACGCUGAAAGAUAAUACGCACGAAGUGACGUACCGAUUGACUGUAAAGAUGAGUUACGAAGACUUUUUUACGCUGACUGAGCUGAUAGUGAAGCUGUUAGUAUCGUCAACCUUGAGUAACAGAAAGUACACAGCAAACCAACAAUUGCAAACAUAUAUGAACAAUUUUAGAGAAAAUCUUCAACUACUCGACAUUGAAGUUGGAACACAGCGACGACACUCUAGUGGUACAGUGGCAGCAACUCGUAGGAACGUAGAUAGAUAUAGUCAUGUGAAUAGGCAGAUAAACAGCAAAGUGGAUAAGAGCGUAUAUGCAUUAAUGCAUAUGGAUGAGAAAGUGUACAAUAAAUAUGGAUAA